UCUUGGGAGUUAAAGGGUUAAUGAGCCCACGUUUGGUAAAUGAUUUUGAUUGUGCCUUAAACUGCUAUACUUUAAUAACAUGACAAAACAUUAAAUGAAUAAACAAUUGCAUCCCUACUUUAUCAAGAAAAAGUAAUGUAUUUAUUGAAUGGCUUCGAGGCCUUUGAUUACCUUGGAUACGCCUGAGUAAUCUUAAUUGACAUGCUAUAACUUAAGCUCAUGCCUAGCGUGCCUGGUGAAAUUAGUUUAGCAGCUAUAUCACAAUUUCUUUUUUGGAGUGGGUCAAUCGAAACGGAAGGCUACCCAAGAUGACACCUUAUACUUUCACGCGCCUUCUUUGCUUACUGGUGUUCGUGCAGUGGUUGUUUUUAGUGGAAGGGUCUCACUUCAGGCAUGCCGUCAUGAGCUUUGUUCCGACUGAUGCUGAUAACAACACGGUACGGUUUACCUUCCGUCUGGCUCUUCGAAGGUCAUUUAGGUCAUAUUACUGUGAUGAGAACACAAUUAACGUAGGAGGAAUUAUUGGAUCUGGAGGUUCUUGGAAAGCUAAGUGCAGCGAUCCUUUCAGUGCAGUGUGUUCACUGAACUAUUAUAUAGCGGACACUCGCUUUCGUUGUACUGACUUUAGUCGCAAUGAAGACUGGUCAAUGGGGGAAAAUAACUUCACCUACGCUUUUCCGUCUGGAAAUCUGGAGUGGGAUGUGAGAUACCAAAGUUGCUGUUGGAUUUCCAAUCUUGUGCGAUAUGCUAAUUCACAAUGGUCGGUAUCUACCAAAAUAAGUCUCUAUAGACGAUCUGAUAGCGGCAAAAUCAACUCAUCCCCAGUCUCUAAGAGCCCAGCUAUUGUACGGUUUCAACAGGGCUGUCAGAGGUCACUUAUAAUUCCAGUUGAAGAUCCAGAUGGCGAUUUUGUGAAAUGUCGUUGGGCAACUAGCGCCGAGUCUUCCAUACCAAGUGAUAGUUUUCCUUACGGUGAACUUGAUGAGAAAAACUGCAUUCUAACUUACAGAGGUGGACUUGGAGCAUCGGGCACAUAUGUAGUAACCUUAACUUUGGAAGACUUUCCAGCUGGAACCACAAACUUCAAUAACAUCAGACCAUUCAGUGCUGUGCCACUGCAGUUUCUUGUCAUAAUAGGAGUUGGGUCUGGUUCUUGCCAGGACACACCUGUUUUCACUGCUUCCACACCUCAAAAUGGUGAAUGCUCAGAGAUUCAGAUUGGGUCGGUAUACAAAGCAGUCAUUGAGGUGCGGCUUCCAAACGUUAGUAAACAUAUUGUCGAGAUAACCACAAGCUCUCCACUUGGAAUGCAACUGACACCAUUAAGCUUCAAUGGAGGCAUCUUCUUCAGGAAUGUCACGUGGUAUCCGAGUCAGAACCAAAUUGGGCAGCAGUUGUUCUGCUUUCAAGCUUUGGAUUCAGACGGAUUACAAAGUGAAUGGCGUUGUAUUACGAUCCUUGUGGGGCUAAGUAAUACACCUCAUGUUAUUUUGGGUACACAAAGGCCAAUUAGUCCCAUAAGUGAGAUUGGGACAGGACUAACAUGGUGGAGUAUUCAUUUUAACAGAGUGAUAAAGAAGCCUCGUAGCUCAGCAUUCAUCCGAUUGGUUCUGCAGUCAAAUGGUUUUACUGUCUUCAAAGUGAAUGCCCUCUCUGGUUACGUUAUUAUCGACAGUAACCGCACAGUACUGCAUUUUGCCACUCCUAAGGCUGCACUGAGCAUGAAUGGUUCAUAUGCAAUCUUGAUAGAUCCCGGUGCAGUAGUUGGGCAGGGCUGCUCGAAUGAUGGUCCACCAACACCUGGUAUAACCUCACCCAUAGACUGGGCCUUCCCCGUAGAUGGUGUCUGCCCUCUUGGUUAUGCUCUGGUUUCUCCAAGUUUUCAAAAGUGUGAGGAUAUAGACGAAUGCGGCGGACAUCAUCGAUCAAAACGUUCUUAUUGGUGGUUCAACGUGUUUUCCCAAAAUUCGGGUAACAAAUCUACCUCGUCUGCUACCAAGAUAUCACCUUCUCCAGCAACUGCCAUAUCUUCAAUGGCGUCAGUCAUGCUACCAGCUCUUUCAGAAUGCUAUAAUUACUCAUACCUGACAGAGGUAGAAAGAAGGAUGGGUUACUAUAACGGCUACUACGGAUAUUUCCGAUGUGACAACUUGUUACCGUUGGGAUGGUAUCGAUUUGGUGGUGCAGCGGGAACAGAGAUGCCUACGUCCUGUGUAGGAAAAAAUCGAUGUGGCACCCAUGCACCGGGUUGGUUGAAUGGCUCGCACCCGCGAGCAACUGAUGGAAUUGUCCAUGCUAAAGUGUGUUUCCAUUGGGGAUAUGAUUGUUGCUUGUGGUCUGCCAACAUUCGCGUUCGUAACUGUAGCGGUUUCUACGUGUACGAGCUUGGGCCCACGCCAACUUGUUACCUUCGUUAUUGUGGUAAUAGUGGAGCUCUUAACUCAACUAAUAUCACACAUACACUUUCCCAGUCUAUUGCCGCUGUUACCCCGGCUAUUCCUGCUCUUCACUCAACUAAUAUCGCACCUACACCCUCCCAGUCUAUUGCCGCUGUUACCCCGGCUAUUCCUGGUAAGUGAAGAGUGGUAGAAAUCAAAGCAUGUCCUUAUAACAUUUUAAGUGAAGGUCUUAAUUUGGAUGCGGCAUGGUAUGAGUUUCUGUGUAGUUUAAUUGGAGCCAGCUACAUAGCUCUCAUUUCAGAUUUAAACGAUUCCGCUGACUAAUAAAUCAACAUAAAAGAUGGUGUUACUCAGUGAAUGAGAUAGCAUAAUCGGCGAAAAAGAACUCCGAGCGCUCCGAAUAGGAGUCGAACGUACGACCUUCCGAUCAGUACUUCGGAUGCUCUACCAUACAUUGAGACUUGGGCGACUCGUGAUGGGCUAAGCCGUUUAACUAGGUCGAUGGUGGCAAACGUUUUGCAUAAUGCAAGAAUAGGAAUGUAGGAUGUGAUGCUUUUGCGCGAUGAUGAUGUAAAUGAAGAUGGUAAAUUAAUUUGAAACUUGGUUAUGUAAGUGAAAGAUGAGUCAAUACUUCUUUCAGGGCUUUAGGGCUGGGUCGCAUUACGGACAAUUUUCCCGAAAAUUGCUUACUCUAGGG